AUUCGCCCGCACCGCACGAGAAGUGGAAGUCAGUGGCGGUCAGUGGAAGUGGAUACGUAAAAUGGCGAGGUGCAGUUGUUAUUUACUCGCGCCGAACGCAGCAAAGUGAGGGCGAAACGGAGCAAUUCACAAAGUGCUGAGCGCGUUUAUUUGCACGAGUUUUUUUUUUGCUAACGGCGUGUCGGCGACUGCGGCCAGCGCGUGCGAAACGAUCGUUGUACCGCACAAAUACUAGGCAGACUGUUCUACAGACAUGAUCUUGAUGGAUUGGUCUAAUUCAGGGUAUUAGCAAUUCAAUCUUGAUCUUUAUUAAUUGAACAAAGAUCAUAUUUGCCCAGCACCUAAGUUAUGAAUAAUAUGGCACAAUAUUAUAAUCUUCUGACCAAUGCCAGUGGUACUAUCACAUUCGAGGAAGUAGAACCAAGAAUCUGCGCUGUUGCAGACGCAGGGCAACGAAUUCAGUUAGUUGUUGGGGAUAUUAAUAAUAGCAGUAAUGGUUCACAACGGCUUAUGACUUAUACUGCUACACCACAAAACAGGCAGGCAAUAUUUUCCCCGCAAGCUAUUAAUUUAGGGAAUCAAAUAUCUGCGGCGCGAUUGGAACAAGGGCAAAAUGUUUUUAUAAUCAAAACGAAUGAUAUAACUGGAACCCAAGAUCUAUUAAAACCAAAUACAGUGAAUAUUGUUAAUGAAAAUAUCAUGAGCAUUGCGAGUAAUACAGGUGUUAAGGCAGAAUGUAAAAAUGAAGGUCAACAAGUGCAGUUUAUGAAAAUACAAAACCCUAAUACUAUAAUAGCGAAGCAAAAUACGUUGUUACAAGAAAAAAAUCCGACUGCCAUUUUAACUAGAAGUAAUAUACAAAAUAAUGUCACGUCGCCAGCGCCUGUUUAUGUAAAUUCUGGAUCAUUCAAUCCAAAUCAGGCGGAAAAAAAAUUAUCUACACUUCAUCAGACGAAAAAUAGACAGUUAAUAAACAACGUAGUGAGUGUGGUAUCUCCAGAUGGAGUAAAAGUAAUAACUACGACAAUGGACAAUCGGAUUCAAAAUUCUAAUGCAACAAGUCCCAAGUCCACGCUGUCCGUCUGCAAACCCAUCGGCUUACAAAGGCAGAAUGUGACUGUUAGACCUGUUCGUACUCCUAAUUCGAAUAUCUCGCAUGUGCGACCUGUAGCAAUAGUUCCUUCUGAAAUUUCUAAAACACCAACGAGAGUGCAGCCUACGGAUAUGGAGCACUUAAAUGAGCAAAUUAAGCAAGCCAAAUUAAAACAAUUACAAAAACUGCAUAUCGAGAAACAAAGGCAAAAUAACACACAAAGACAGUUCUCUAACACUUUGCAAGUUCAGUCCUCCGCGUUGAAUAAUCCCGCGCGUCGUUUCGUAAAUUCUGUGCAACAGAGAACGCAGCAGAUUUCAGUCUCUCCGCAACAAAUACCGAAACCUGCGGUAGCGUCGACCCCUUCACCAGCUGAACACAACACACGCGUAGCUAAUAUUGACAUGGAAGUCAAUUCCUCGGAACACGGUCAGGAAACGGAACAUGUAGCACAACAGUCACCUUCGCCACGGCUGCAACAUGAGAACAGUGCAAGUGAAAGCAUCGCUUACCUCCAAAAAACUAUAAGCGAUCCAGCGAAUGCUAUAGUGCAGCAUCAGAUUCAAGGAAACACGGCAAAAAUGUUAGUGAUGUUGCCCACAGGGGAACAGAGACUGAUCACGUUCGACAUCCCGAACGAGGACUGCACUGUACACGACCUACUGGAUCAGGUACGUGCAGUCGUGGGCAAGGUGAAUAUUCCAUUCGCUGGUGAAACGCAAGUUUCUCUGGUAGAUGAUCCUGCAUUGGGUAUAAACUACAUAGUCGAUGUAGGAGGUUCCGGGGCGCUUACAUCUUUCGAGGGUAGCGACGACUGUAACUCUUCUCAAGAAAUUAUAAGCUCCUCUGGUACUGAAACUUUAUCUCAAAAUGCCAAUGCAUCGGAUGAAAAUAGUAACGCCUCUACACAGACUACUGAGGAACCUAUUAUGGUCAAAGGAAUGCUUGCUCUCUGUCCACACUGCGGCUACAGUUCACUACACUUCAACCGAUGUGAACGGUGUAAUACAAAAUUAAAAACUGAGGAAGUCAAGUCAAUACCUAUUGCAGAAAGGAAGGAGGCUGGGAUAUCUGUCGAUAUAUUCUACAAGAAGAACAACGAACGAAAUGUUACGAAAUUGGAGAAAGUAGAACGCGACGGCCCUCCGUGCAAACGGCCCAGAGGAAAGGGUAAAGGUGCAGCUUCAAAACCAAAGCCUAUUCAUAAAGAGCCAGAAUGCUUGACAAUAUCGUCUGAUGAAGAAGAAGAAAGGGGCAGAACUAAAAAAACGGGAAGCGUUAAUACUAACGCAGUGGUGGGCAAUGCAAGUAACAUAUUUGAUGAAGAGAUGGAUACCAUUCUGGAUAAAGAACCAAUAAUUACAAACACUUCUACUUUAUAUGACGAUUUUCCGAUGGAUAAUGAAGAAAAUGGAAUAUGUGAAAACUUUUUAGACAUUGAUCAACUACCACAAACUGCUCUAGAGUGUCGAACGGUUAGAAUAGGAUCUUACAAAUAUAUUCCUCGGGAAAAGGUAGUAAUUUCCCAUAGUGGUGUAAGAUUUAGCGUACCUUUGUUAGAAGAUGGUUCAAGUUUUGUUACUUUGGAUGUGAAAUAUAGAGAUAUAAUUAAACUUUUAAUUCAUUUUGGAAAAACAAUGCCAGUACUAUUCUUUUAUACGUCUAUAAAUAAUGGAGCCAUGAUACGCGAAUUGUUAGGGAUGCAAGAUCCAAAGGGGCCAUAUUACGACCCUGCUGGAAAAGAUCAUACGCAUAAACGUAUUACAUUAUUACCGGAUAGGUUACCGGAGGAUUCAAAAGCGAUAUUAACAAGUUUAUUCUCACGAGGAGAUAAAAUAGACGAAUUGAAUCCUAAAGAAGCUAACGAUAUACUUAUACGGGCAUCACCAAGAGAUUGUUUACAGUCGCUUAUUAAUACACGGAAGUCUUUAAGCCAAAACACAGCAAAUACUACCACUACCAGUGAUGACAUACAAACAAUAACUGUAUAUCCACCACCUCCCGCAAAGGGAGGAAUAGCCAUCAACACUGAAGAUUACUUAUGUCUCGCAGAAGAUCAGUUCUUGAACGAUGUGAUUAUAGAUUUUUAUUUAAAGUAUUUGACCUUAGAGGUAUUACCAGAAUUUGAUCAACAUAGAACUCACGUGUUCAGUUCGUACUUCUACAAACGUUUAACUAGCCCACAUGCCCAAGCUGCUGAAAGUACUGUGCCAAUGACACCUGCCGCCAAACGGCACGCGAGAGUACAGAAGUGGACAAAGAAUGUCAAUAUAUUUGAAAAAGAUUUUGUUAUAAUUCCUAUAAACGAACACGCACAUUGGUUCUUGGCUAUUAUUUGCUUCCCUGGAUUAGUCGGAAAAGUUUCUACUUGCACUGUUAAAACUGAAAACAGUAGUCCUAAGAAUGUGCAAAAGACUAAAAAAAUAAAAGAAUUGAAAGCAAAAGCUGUCACAAUUGGCUCUACAACAAUCACUCCUGUACCAACGACCAUAACGAUAGACCAGCUAGAUGAUGGAUCUGAAAGGGACGAAGCAGAGGGCGACGAUGACGAAAUGGAAAUGGAUAGCGACGAAGAGGAAGAGACUGACCAACCGGAAGAAAAUAAAACCCAAAUCAAGGUUAAAGUCGAAGAACAAGUCAUCAAGAAGGAAAUCGUCAAAAAGGAAAUCGUCAAGAUCCCCUGCAUAUUAAUAUUCGAUUCGCUUGCUGGUGCUAGUAGAGCACGGGUAGUUGCUACGUUAAGGGAUUAUUUAAGUUGCGAACAUGUUGCCAAACUUGGUGUAGAAAAGACAUUCUCGAAAGACACUAUUAAGGGAGCAUGCCCGAAAGUACCGCAGCAAUCAAAUUUUACUGAUUGCGGAUUGUAUGUAUUACAAUAUGUAGAAAGUUUUUUCAAGGAUCCCAUCACAGAUUAUACUUUGCCAAUUAAAACCUUGAAAACGUGGUUCGAAGAAAUUAUCGUAACGAGGAAAAGAGAGGAGUUAUCGAACUUACUAAUUAAAUUGAUGAAUAAUACCAAAGGGGAUAAAACUAUUAAUUUGCCUACUGUAAAUUUCCCCACACAAGACGGCAAGCUGAAGCCGAAGGUCGAAAGUCAGACAGAUGUGAAGACUGCGAAGUCAGAAUCCGAGAAUAUUAAAAGAAAGUCUACAAGUGAUGCAGAGACACGAAUUGUCUCGUUUUCUGUAACAGAAAAUACCGAGUCAACUAACGAGUUUGUUAGUAGUAGAACUUAUGUCAUUCCUUAUUCUGUGAGUUCAAAUUCGACUGAGAGUAACUCAUCGGAAAUGUUGACAGAACAGAAAAAUUCGAGGUCGACAUCGACCGAAACAAUGUCCUACUUGAAGGCUAAACGAAUUCCUAGGUUAGCUGCAAGAACGCAGAAUCAAGAUGACUCUCCUACCUCUGCUAAAAAACCGAAAGGGGAGUCCUUCAAUUCCUGUAAAUAAAUGUUUCUUUUUUUACAGCGAUAAGGUUAAUGUUAAUCUACAUUCUCAGAAUACAUGAAAUCAUUUAUUUCAACGUAUAUACAAUAAUGUAGUUAAUUCAUGAACCGAAUAAAACUGCAGAUAUGAUUUCUGAU